GACUCAAUUUGUCGGGGGGCAUGGACUCUACAAGGUGCCGAAAGUGUUCCACAGGGAUGCUGACCCAUGUUGACUCCAACGCUUCCCACAGUGUCAGGUUGGCUGGAUGUCCUUUGGGUGGUGGAACAUUCUGGAAACACACAUGAGAAACUGUGUUAUUCCAUCUCCACAAGAAGAUGAAGAAUAUGUCCAAGAAAUCAGAACGCUCAAAAAGAAAGACAGCCCAGACGGUCCUCCUGGUGGUCGCAGCCUUCCUGACCUGUUGGAUGCCUCAUCACGUCAUCGCCAUGUGGGUGGAGUUUGGAGUGUUCCCGCUCAACGACGCCUCUUUCGCGUUACGGAUCAUCUCCCACUGCCUGGCGUACGGGAACUCCUGCAUCAACCCCAUCCUGUACGCCUUUCUGUCAGAGAACUUCCGGAAGGCCUGUCGCCAGGUGUUCACCUGUCGGUUCCUCUACCCUCCACCCCCACAGGAGAAGGUGGUGCGCAUCCGCAUGGAGAACUUCUCAACUACACACUCUAUUACCACUAAUAUCUGACACCACACACUCUAUUACCACUAAUAUCUGACACCACACACUCUAUUACCACUAAUAUCUGACACCACACACUCUAUUACCACUAAUAUCUGACACCACACACUCUAUUACCACUAAUAUCUGACACCACACACUCUAUUACCACUAAUAUCUGACACCACACACUCUAUUACCACUAAUAUCUGACACCACACACUCUAUUACCACUAAUAUCUGACACCACACACUCUAUUACCACUAAUAUCUGACACCACACACUCUAUUACCACUAAUAUCUGACACCACACACUCUAUUACCACUAAUAUCUGACACCACACACUCUAUUACCACUAAUAUCUGACACCACACAUUCUAUUACCACUAAUAUCUGACACCACACACUCUAUUACCACUAAUAUCUGACACCACACACUCUAUUACCACUAAUAUCUGACACCACACACUCUAUUACCACUAAUAUCUGACACCACACAUUCUAUUACCACUCAUAUCUGGCACCACACCACACACUCUAUUACCACUAAUAUCUGACACCACACACUCUAUUACCACUAAUAUCUGACACCACACACUCUAUUACCACUAAUAUCUGACACCACACAUUCUAUUACCACUCAUAUCUGGCACCACACCACACACUCUAUUACCACUAAUAUCUGACACCACACAUUCUAUUACCACUAAUAUCUGACACCAUACACUCUAUUACCACUAAUAUCUGACACCACACAUUCUAUUACCACUAACAUCUGACACCACACACUCUAUUACCACUAAUAUCUGACACCACACACUCUAUUACCACUAAUAUCUGACACCACACACUCUAUUACCACUAAUAUCUGACACCACACACUCUAUUACCUCUAAUAUCUGACACCACACACUCUAUUACCACUAAUAUCUGACACCACACAUUCUAUUACCACUAACAUCUGACACCACACACUCUAUUACCACUCAUUUCUGACACCACACAUUCUAUUACCACUAUUAUCUGACACCACACACUCUGUUACCACUCAUAUCUGACACCACACACUCUAUUACCACUCAAAUCU